GGAGUGAGCCAUCGGCUCAUAGACGAGCUUUGAUGUGACGUCACUGUGUGUCCGGAGCAAACAUGGCGCACAUUCGGAGUUUGAAGGGCAUGGUCGGCCUGGUGACCGGCGGGGCGUCCGGUUUGGGUCGGGCCACGGUGGAGCGCCUGGUGCAGAACGGAGCGUCCGCUGUCAUCGUGGACCUGCCCUCCUCCAAUGGACAGGAAGUGGCUGGCAGUCUGGGAAACCGCUGCGCCUUUGCUCCUGCAGACGUUACGUCCGAGGCAGACAUGCUUUUGGCCGUGUCUCUGGCCCGGGAGAAGUUCGGGAAGUUGGACCUGGCAGUCAACUGUGCCGGCAUCGCUGUGGCUGUAAAAACGUACAACUUCAAGAAGAACGCCCCUCACAGCCUGGAGGACUUCCAGCAUGUCAUCAACGUAAAUAUCGCAGGAACCUUCAACGUGAUCCGCCUCGCCGUGGGGGAGAUGGGGAAGAACGAGCCGGACGCAGACGGACACCGAGGCUGCAUCAUCAACACCGCCAGCGUGGCAGCGUUCGACGGACAGGUCGGACAAGCGGCAUAUUCUGCUUCUAAAGGCGGCAUCGUUGGAAUGACGCUCCCAAUCGCUCGAGAUCUGGCGCCGAUGGGCAUCAGAGUCGUCACAAUCGCUCCUGGAUUGUUCGCCACUCCUCUCCUCGCCAGCCUUCCAGAGAAGGUGCGCUCCUUCCUCUGCCGCCAGGUGCCCUUUCCUUCACGCCUAGGAGACCCCGCUGAGUUUGCCCACUUGGUGACCUCAGUGGCGGAAAACCCGAUGAUCAACGGGGAGGUCAUCAGGCUGGACGGAGCUAUCCGCAUGCAGCCCUGAUCAGCUUGUCUGGGUGUGAAACUGUGAACCUUAGUAUUUGACUUUGUAGAAAACAAUGAUUAUAAACUCUCACUUGAAUCUGUGGAUCUUUAUAUUAAAUUUUUGUGGGUCUCAAAGUGUUAGAGUGUACUUCAUGUUGAACAUUACAGAAAUAAACAUAUAAAAGAAUUCA